UUCUAAUCAAUCUUUAUUUUUCUAAUCCCCACCCGCAUGCUUGCUAAGCCUGAUUUCUGACAUAUCCUUCAGAGUUAUCUGAAAUAAAAUAUGAUUGGGGUGAGACGACGUUCAGUAAGUAAAUAAGAUUAUUAUUAGUGUGUGGCUAAAAUGAGCUUUUAAAAAAUUUCGUAAAACAAUAUUUAAUACUAUAACUUCAAGACUGCUUUUAGAAUAAAUAUAAAUUUAAAAAUUUCUGCAUAAAACUUUUGUCAUCAAUUUCAACAGUAAAUUUUUAUAAUCAUAUAUUAUAACUGUUAAAUUAAACUUUUAACUUUAAAACUGUAAAAAUAUUUAAUGAUAAACAUACAUAUACUUUUCUUUAUACGUUUUCCUUAAAUCGUCAUUUAAGCACCAGAAUGAUCAUUUUCACGUAAACUUAUACUUUUCCUUCAAAUCAUCAGUAACUUGUAUAAUACCCAAGUGCUAUCAGGUAAAUCCGAUCUCAAAAAAAGCACUGAUAGAGCUUGUUGAUGUGGUCCGUAACCGAUGUGGACUCACUCAUUCGAAGAGAGUAGAGUCGCCUCUUUAAGAUGAUCUUAUUGUGAAGUGACUUUACCUCAUAGAGCUUUGUUAGUGCAUCCCAAAUUUCUUUUGCUGACUUCUUCUCUGCAAUGCUUGAUAACACCGAAUCUGCUAAUGCUAGAUGAAGAUUAGCCACAGCAUUGUCAUCCAUCUCGCUCCAUUUUUCGUUAGUUAUCCCUGUUGGUCUUUCUCCAAUUGCCGCUAAGCAAUUGUCCUUUCUCAGGACCGCUUUCAUCUUCAAUUUCCAAAGGGAGAAAUUACCCCCAUUGAACUUCUCAAUUUCGUACUUUGCUGCCAUUGUAGUAGAUAAGAUCUGGUCCUCCACUAAACCGGCUCCCACUUUUUCACCGUGAUCAAUACCGUAUACGUGAAUAGUAUCGUAAAUGAAUGGAACUGUAUACUUGAACAAAUCUCGUAUACGUUCACAAUACUGUAAAAGUAUCCGGUGACACGUGUGAAUAGUAACCGUGAAUAGUAACUCCAACCCAAAGGCCGUAACCCAAGGCUCUGAUACCACUGUUAGGAAAUUGAAUGGGUAGGAACAGUAUCACACAGCCAAAAUAAGAAAUUAGAAAAGAGGAAUUGACACCAAGAUUUACGUGGAAAACCCUUAAACAAAUUGAGGGAAAAACCACGGGCAAGAGUAGAAGGAAUCCACUAUGAAAAAUAAUGAUACAACUUCUCUCAAAUUAGGAGAAACUAGAAACACGGGCUACAAAAGAGAUACUUUGUAGGAGAGUACUUGAUCUCUCUCUAAAGGUGGAGUUGGAGAUGCUUGGGAUGGAUACAACUUCCUUCACCACCACUUCCCUAUUUAUAGGGGUUUUGUAAGCCUCUUUUUCAAAGUCGUCAAAUGUAUAGUGUAGCCACCUUUGUAGACUUGUGCAGCCACCAAAUGUAUAGUGUAGCCACCUUUGUAGACUUGUGCAGCCACCAAAUAAAUAGUGUGACCACCAUAUAAAUAGUACAACCACCAUAUGAAUAGUACAGCCCCUAUGUUGGACUUUGAAUGUUUGAAAAAGACUUUACAAUUUAACAACAAGAAGUUCUAAAAGUUACAUCAAAAAAGAAUCUUUGAACUCAUAUUGAUUAUGAAUUGUCAAUGAUAAUUGAAUCGGGACCAUUUGGUGUUGUUACCGUUUCUAGUUUCUAUUUGUGUUUUUCUUAAGGUUUUAUUUGAAUAAAGGGUUUUGUUUGAGAAAAUGAAAAGAAAGGAAAAAAAAAAAGUAGGAAGAAAAUGUUUUUUUCAUUGCAUUUUCUCUUUAUAAUAAAAAUAUUAAAAAUAAAAUUUAAUCCAAUAUGACUAUUUUUUUAAAAAUUAAAUAUUAAUCAUAUAUAGAACCAAAAUUUUAUACAUUGAUUUAUUAUAUAUUUUCUUUUCUUUUCACAUUUCUUCAAAACUUUGGCUAUAUUUUUUGCAAUUCUACCCCUUUCAUAAAAUUUUCGACCCGGUUUAAUGAUAACUACCCAAUACUCGGGGACCCUUUCCCUGAAUCCAUAGGUGUUUCAGUAGGUUUUAAUAUAAUUGGUUUGUCUGGAAAAAAAAAAAAAAAAAAAAAAGGCCGUACCCAGUGCACAAGACUCCCACUUUGAGUGGGGUCUGGGAGAGGUGGAUGUCGGCAAACCUUACCCCCAUUUUUGGAGAGGCCGCUCCCAAGUCUCGAACCCGAGACCACCCGUACCGAGGCGGAGGCACUUCCCAUCGCACCAAGGCACGACCUCUUUUUCCGACACGCAUUUUGUGCCAUUGCUCCAUGAAAAUAUAAAUUAAAAAAAAAAAAAAUUUUUUCUUCUCAAAAUUUUCAAUUUUCCUUAUUGGACUAAAGGAAAAUUUUCCAAAAAAAAAGUCUUAAUUUCGUCGCUCAACUGUACCGAAGGCGAUGAAUUCAAAGAACACGCGUCGGUCCUGGGUUCGAUUCGCCAUGCAUUUUUUUUUUUUUUUGCGUUUUUUUUUUCCUGCUUGUUUUAUUUGCUGCAUCCCCUUCUUCGUUCGUAUCGCUGCACCACGAUUGGAAGCUACUCGUCCGGCAUUGACAGCUCCUCGCUCUCUCUGCUAGUCUCCGGCAUUGUCGAUCUCUUUUAUUUGUACGUGGUGCACAAGAAAUUAUAAUCACAAUCUAUGUGAUUUAUUCUUUUUUGUAUUGAAAACAUAAAUUGUUGAAAUGGCUGCAAUUGCAACUCCUGGCAUGCAAAUGGCAGCUACCAAACCCUACAACUCUUGUUCUCGCAAAAUUGUUGUGUCCAACGUUGCAUUUGUUGGUACUGAGAAUAAAGCGGCAUUUUGGACAAGGCUUGCAAGCUCUUCUCACAUCUCAUUGACAAGGCCAUUCUUUCAGAGCACAGCAUCUAUUCCUGUAAAAUCUGGAAAUGUUGUGAAAGCAAUGUCUGAAGCCCAUGCCAACAAUCAUGUGUCAGGAUUGCCUAUUGAUUUGAGAGGUAAGAGGGCAUUUAUAGCCGGUGUAGCUGAUGAUAACGGUUAUGGUUGGGCAAUUGCAAAAUCUCUUGCUGCUGCUGGUGCUGAAAUUCUCAUUGGUACAUGGGUACCGGCACUAAACAUUUUUGAAACAAGCCUACGCCGUGGAAAAUUCGAUGAAUCACGCAGGUUGCCUAAUGGUUCUUUAAUGGAGAUUACCAAAGUUUAUCCAUUGGAUGCUGUUUUUGAUAAUCCCAAGGAUGUUCCUGAAGAUAUAAAAACAAACAAGCGCUAUUCAGGGUCCUCAAAAUGGACUGUUCAGGAAGUUGCUCAAUCUGUAAAGGAGGAUUUUGGCACCAUUGACAUUCUUGUGCACUCACUUGCUAAUGGACCAGAGGUUAGCAAACCUCUCCUGGAGACAUCAAGGAAUGGAUACCUUGCAGCCAUCUCCGCAUCGAGUUAUUCCUUUGUUUCUCUAUUCAAGCAUUUCGUUCCAAUAAUGAAUCCAGGUGGUGCUUCAAUCUCUCUCACUUACAUUGCUUCUGAAAAGAUCAUUCCGGGAUAUGGUGGAGGCAUGAGUUCUGCAAAGGCUGCUCUAGAGAGUGACACACAUGUACUGGCUUUUGAAGCUGGAAGAAAGCACAAAAUCAGGGUUAACACAAUAUCUGCAGGUCCAUUAGGAAGUCGUGCCGCAAAAGCAAUUGGUUUUAUUGACACAAUGAUUGACUACUCAUUCACCAAUGCACCCAUUCAGAAAGAACUGGCUGCGGAUGAGAUUGGGAAUGCUGCUGCCUUCCUUGUAUCACCUCUUGCUUCGGCUAUAACUGGCACUGUUUUGUAUGUCGACAAUGGUCUGAAUGCAAUGGGAGUGGGAGUCGACAGCCCAGUUUUUAAAAAUCUCAACAUCCCAAAAGACAAGUAAGCAUGGGGCUAGGGAUAAUGAGGAUUGUGAUGAGAGUGAAAUCCAUUGAAAUUUUGGUUUGAGAUAAAUAAUUGUUGCUCUCUUCAAUUUUGUUAUUAACUUUGUUGUCCAUAAUUAAGCUUUUUUGUUAGCAGCACCAUUUUCACACAGAGAAGCAAUGGAUUCUGUUCUUGGAGUGAAAAAAAAAAAAUUUUAAAAAAGAGAAAGUAAUGAUAUUUAGUUCAUGAUGGUGGAAGGCCAUGGGCAUUAUUUACCAUUAAUGAUAGCUUUUAUCGGCUAA